GGAGUUCAGGUCGUCAUGACUGAGCUGAAGGCAAAGAUUCCCCGGGCUCCCCACGCAGCGGGCGGCGCACCCUCGCCCACCGAGGUCGAAUCCCCCCUGCUGGGUCGUCCGGACGCUGGCCUGUUCCAGGGAACCCAGACCUCAGACACUUCGCCUGUAGUUUCGGCCAUACCCAUCUCCCUGGAAGGUCUGCUCUACCCUAGGUCGUGCCAGGGUCAGGAUCCCCCAGACCGGAAGACGCUGGAUCAGCAGUCGCCGUCAGAGGUGGAGGGCGCGUACUCGGGAGUUGAAGCCACAAGGGGUACAGGAAGCUGCAACUCUAGAGUCCCAGAAAAGGACAGCGGGCUGCUGGACAGUGUUUUGGACACUCUUCUGGCGCCCUCGGGGCCCGGGCAGAGCCAAGCCAGCCCUCCCACUUGCGAGGCCACCAGCCCUUGGUUUCUUUUUGGCCCAGAACUCCCCGAGGACCCCCGUAGUGCCUCCGGUACAAAGGGGGUAUUGGCCCCGCUCAUGAGCCGGCCUGAGAGCAAGUCUGGAGACAGCUCCUCUGGGACAGGAACAGUCCAUAAGGUGCUGCCUAGGGGUCUGUCACCGUCCCGGCAGUUGCUGCUCCCGACCUCUGGAAGUCCCCAUUGGCCCGGGGCCUCAGUGAAGCCCUCUCCGCAGCUAGCUGCUGCGGCGGAGGUGGUGGAGGAGGAUGGCCCCGAGUCCGAGAGCUCCACCGGUCCACUUCUGAAGGGCAAACCUCGGGCUCUGGGAGGCACAGCGGCCGGAGGAGGAGUCGCAGCCAGCGCUCCUGGAGCGGCUGCAGGAGGCGUCACCCUUGUUCCGAAGGAAGAUUCCCGCUUUUCAGCGCCUAGAGUCGCCUUGGCAGAGCAAGAUGCCCCGGUGACGCCCGGGCGCUCCCCGCUGGCCACCACAGUGGUGGAUUUUAUCCACGUGCCUAUCCUGCCCCUCAACCAUGCCAUCCUGGCCGCCCGAACCCGGCAGCUGCUGGAAGGGGAGAGUUACGACAGCGGGGCCGCAGCCCCCAGUGCCUUUGCCCCGCCGCGGGACUCGCUCUCGGCCUCGUCCACUCCGGUUCCUUGCGGUGACUUCCCUGACUGCACAUACCCGCCGGACUCCGAACCCAAAGAUGACACAUUCCCUCUCUAUGGCGACUUCCAGCCUCCAGCCCUGAAGAUCAAGGAGGAAGAGGAAGGCGCGGAGGCCGCCGUGCGCUCCCCGCGUCGGUACCUAGUGGCCAGUGCCAACUCUGCCACCUUCCCGGAUUUCCCACUGGCGCCGCCGCCGCGAGCUCCCUCAUCCAAACCCGGGGAAGCCGCGGUGGUGGGCACAUCCUCCAGUGCCACAGUCUCGUCCGCGUCCUCCUCGGGGUCGACCCUGGAGUGCAUCCUGUAUAAAGCAGAGGGCGCGCCGCCCCAGCAGGGCCCAUUUGCGCCAUUGCCCUGUAAGCCUCCAGCCGCUGGCGCCUGCCUACUCCCAAGAGAGGGUUUGUCCUCCACCUCCGCCUCUGCUACCGCCACCGGGCCGCCACCUGCGCUCUACCCUCCGCUGGGCCUCAACGGGCUGCCGCAGCUCGGCUACCAGACCACUGUGCUUAAGGAAGGCCUGCCGCAGGUCUACCCACCGUAUCUCAACUACCUGAGGCCAGAUUCAGAAGCAAGCCAGAGCCCACAGUACAACUUUGAAUCACUACCUCAGAAGAUUUGUUUAAUCUGUGGGGAUGAAGCAUCAGGUUGCCAUUAUGGUGUCCUUACCUGUGGGAGCUGCAAGGUCUUCUUUAAAAGGGCAAUGGAAGGACAGCAUAACUAUUUAUGUGCUGGAAGAAAUGACUGCAUUGUUGAUAAAAUCCGCAGAAAAAACUGUCCAGCAUGUCGCCUUAGAAAGUGCUGCCAGGCUGGCAUGGUCCUUGGAGGUCGAAAGUUUAAAAAAUUCAAUAAAGUCAGGGUUAUGAGAGCACUGGAUGGUGUUGCUCUCUCUCAGCCAGUGGGCAUUUCGAAUGAAAGCCAAGCCCUAAGCCAGAGAAUCACUUUUUCACCAAGUCAAGAUAUACAGUUGAUCCCCUCACUGAUCAGCCUGUUGAUGAACAUUGAACCAGAUGUGGUCUAUGCAGGACAUGACAACACGAAACCGGACACCUCCAGCUCUUUGCUGACCAGUCUUAAUCAACUAUGUGAAAGGCAACUUCUUACAGUAGUCAAGUGGUCUAAAUCACUACCAGGUUUUAGAACCUUACAUAUUGAUGAUCAGAUAACUCUCAUUCAGUACUCUUGGAUGAGCUUAAUGGUGUUUGGACUAGGAUGGAGAUCCUACAAACAUGUCAGUGGGCAGAUGUUAUAUUUUGCACCUGAUCUAAUACUAAAUGAGCAGCGGAUGAAGGAGUUGUCCUUCUAUUCUUUAUGCCUUACCAUGUGGCAGAUCCCACAGGAAUUUGUCAAGCUUCAAAUUAGCCAUGAAGAAUUCCUCUGUAUGAAAGUAUUGCUACUUCUUAAUACAAUUCCUUUGGAAGGACUAAGAAGCCAAAGCCAGUUUGAAGACAUGAGAUCAAGCUACAUUAGAGAGCUCAUCAAAGCAAUUGGUUUGAGGCAGAAAGGAGUUGUCUCUAGUUCACAGCGUUUCUAUCAACUUACAAAACUUCUGGAUAGCUUGCAUGAUCUUGUCAAACAACUUCAUCUAUACUGCUUGAACACAUUUAUCCAGUCCCGGGCACUGAGUGUUGAAUUUCCAGAAAUGAUGUCUGAAGUUAUUGCUGCACAGUUACCCAAGAUCUUGGCAGGGAUGGUGAAACCUCUUCUCUUUCAUAAAAAGUGAAUGUCAGUUUUCUUUCAAAAAAUUAAAUCUGUGGUAUGUCAUUGUUUUGGUUAGGGUUAUGAGGUCUUUGGUUUUUAUAUUCUUCUGAACGCCUUACAUUUAUAACAUAUCAUAUUGUGUAAAUUUAUGAAAAAAAAUGUGAGAUUCUAACUUUCCUUUGUUAAGCAUCAUUCAAAUUUUAAAAGUGUCUUGUGUACCCAUAGUUUCUUUUAGAGUUUUUAAGACUGAAAGAUUGUUGAAGUAAAUUAUGUCUUAUCCAUAUUAUUUCAUACCAUUUAGGUGAGACUUUUUAACUUUUGCAUCAAACAAAUCUUCUACUUUAGAAAAAAAAUUCACAUGUAAUAAUAAAAGUCUAUUAUAUAUACUACUUAUGGAUAACUCACUUUACCUUCCUAGUUAUGCUUAGAGAAAUGAAUCUUUAAAUGGCAGGCAAACUUUAAACAAAAAAUUUAUAAUCUUAACUAGAUUUUCAAAAAUUUUUUAAUGGAAAAAAUAUAGAAAUGGAGUAUAAAACCAAAAAUGGUUUGAUGUUUCUCAAAGUAGGCAAAACAACUCACAUGUUAAGAUCAUUGUCCAGGCCAGAAAUACGGAUCUCUAGUAAAGAAAUUAAUAAGUAGCCCUGCUGUAGUAACAGUAUUGGAGCUUUUGUUGGCUUUUUAUUAAAUAUUUUGGGGGAGGGAAUUGUCCUCAAAUAAAAUAUUGCGAUUAGAAAAUAGAGGUCAGAAGAAUUUUGUGACCUAAUUCCAUUCCUUAUCAUUGGUGACAUGCAGAAAGUCACUCGAUCUUACUGAUUUUCAAUUUCCUGAUCUUUAAAAGUAAAAUGUAAGAAUAUCUUUCCUGCCAAAUGCUUCUUUUGGCCAGAGUUUCUUAUUAACAUCUUCUCAAACCAAAGAUAGAAGGAAGGGAAGGAGAAAAGGAGGAAAGAAGCUUAAAGGAAGAAAGGGAUAAAUAUAUAUAUAUUUUUUUCCUUCCCUCCAUUAUUCAAACAUUUGAGGAUGGUGUUUUUCAGUGAAAUAUAAUAGAUGAUUCUCAGGUUGAAAAAUUUUGUGAGUGCCUCUGAUCCAAAUCUAAAGGAUACUUCAGGAAAUAGAUGAAUCUCAGGUUGAGAGCUUCUGACCCAAUUCUAAGAGAGCUGCUUCAGGAAUUACUAGAUAAUGGCUUAAAACAGUACACCCAAUUACAGUAACUAGAAAGCACACAAUUCACAUUGUUACUUGAAUUGAAAAUAUUCCUUUGGAAGACAAACAAGAGUAAUUUUGUCUGUGGUGAAUCACUGGAGAUACUUUUUUUACAAAAGAAAAAUAUAUAAAAGAAAAUAUAUACAUAUAUAUGUAUAUACACACACACACAUAUAUAUAUAUAUGUGUAUAUAUACAUAUAUAUAUAUAUAUAUUUUGUACUUGGUAUAUGUACCAGCUGUUCAUUAGACCUAUCUGGCACAUAGAAUGUGUACAUAUACCAAGUUCCUACUGCUGGUGAAAUGCAAUCAAAAUCAAUUAUUUCCUUUUAUAAAGUAAUUUAUAUCAAUUUUAGGCAUAUAUAUGUAUGUGCAAAAUUUUUAACAACUCAUAUUUUUUUCCUAAGUUUCUUCAAAAGUGAAAAUAUUGCUGUCUUACAAAUAAAACCUAUCUUCUUGUGUAAAUUAAUAAUUGCUAAUGUGAAUAUUAAACUUUAAAAAUAUAGAAAAAAUUUCUAUAUGUAAGUUUCUGAUUUCUGAAUGCUUUUUAAUUAUCCCAUUUCUUCAACUGAUAAAUACAGUUUACCAAGGGACAAUAACAUAAGAAUAUUCUUAAUACUAACAUGACCUUUAAAACAAAAUUAUUUCAUUUGAUUAAAAUGAUUUUGAUUAAAAAUUGGCAUAAUUAUGUUACCAUAGCUUUUUUUAACAAUAAAUCUUUCAAAGUAAAAAAAUAAUUAGUUAUAAAUAGUUUUUACAAAUAAUGAAUUCUUAUGGGCAUUUAAAAUAGAGAUUAAAAUAAUUUCUUGGCUUGGGUUCAUUAGAUCUAUGUGGUAAAUAAAAUAGGUAAUAUACACAUUAAUAACUUUUGAUUAUAACUGUCAAUGAGAGUUUAACCCAAGAAUUCCAAAUAGCCUCAACAAAAUAGCCUAUGCAAAAUGGCCUCUUCCUUACAAUAUAAGGAAUACUUGUCUUUUUCUGGAAUUUAUGUGUAAUACAUUAUACUCUUAACUGAUAUUUGAUUCUUCCUGGUCUUCAUACACAUACAUAUAUCCUCUCUCCACUCUUCAAGCCAAAUGUAUCUUCCUAAAACAGAUCUAAUUAUUCCAUUUCCUCAUUUAAAAAUGUUCACUGACUUUCAAUUACUUAGCACUCAGAGAUGCCCAUUAAAAAUUUCAAUUGAGCCUUUAAAACUAUACCAUUACCUUAAAAAAAAAAAAAAAAACUGGACUCCAUCCUCAACAAUUAUAUUUUAAUUAGUCAAUUUGAUACAUUCAUCUUGUGUUCCAGCCAUGCCAGUCUGUUACCAACAGGGUUUUUUUGUUUUUGUUUUUGUUUUGGGGAGUGGUUUUUUUGUUUGUUUUGUUUUGCCCAGAUUUCCCUCUUUGUGCAACAAUUCCAUGAUUUAUUAACAUUUCAAAACUCAGUCAAGUAUCAUUUCUAUAAAGUUGUCUUGAGUCUUUCAGAGUGAUUUAAAUGCUCUUAAGAGUUCACUACCAUUUUGUGUACCUCAGAGUUACAGUAGUAUGUUGUUCUAUGGUGCUGACUCUUGUGCAAGUCUGGGAGGCACUUUGAGGUGGGGCAGUAGGGCUUGUUGACUUGAGAGUUAAGUGACAUGCUUUGUCUUCCAUGCCACCAUGGAUCUCUAUUAUUCUUUGGUUACAUUGCUGAAUGGCUUUGUGCUCAUGACAUCAUCACUUUCUCACAUCUGUUCUCAUGAUGUUUCCAUCUUCAUUUCUUUUCAUCAUUUUUAAAUUUGCUACCUUUUCCCUACUUUUUUCAGAUCUUGUUCUUUAUUGACUAUAACAUAGAAGAAGUGCAUUCUGUAUAUCUUAAGAACAAUACUUUUGUUUGCUCUUCUAAUUUUAAAAUUGAAUGAAUGGAAUAUUAUUUUCUUCCCUAAGAAAAAUUUCACAAUUGCAAUUGUUUUUUAUAUUUAAUUAGCCCUAAAUUAUGUUGUAUUGCAAGCUCAAAAAUUAAAACUGUCCUUAUUUAGGAAUUCAUCCAACAAAUAUUUAUUGGGUACCUACUCCAAGCAUAAGAAAAUGUGUUAAUAAGCUUUAUAAGAAUUUGGAGCUGAAGAAAGACUAUAACUCAAAAACAAAGUUAUAGUACAGUUGUAGGUAUAAGUCAGUGUCUGAUAAAUAGUGGACAAUCAAAUUUGUUGUAUUUUUCUUUCAUGAGAUUUAAUGAGUGAAAUUAUAUUUACAUAUAUUUUUGCUGGGACAAGUACAGACAAAGAUGCCUCAUUUAAAAUAAAUCCUGCAAGACAUGAUAGCACAUGUGUAUAAUCCCAGAGGCUGGGGAGGCCGAGGCAGGAGGAUUGCAAGAUCAAAGUCAGCCUCAGCAACUUAGUGAGACCCUGUCUCAAAAGAAAAAAAAUAAAAAGAACUGGGGAUGUGGCUCAGUAGUUAAGCUCCUUUGGGUUCAAUAAAUAAAUAAAUAAGUAAAAUCUUAACCCCUCAAUUUUGUAAAGUGCGACUUGUAUUAAAUAAAUAUGUUCAUUUACUGAAAAAUCUUUCAGUAUUUUCCUGCACAAACGUCAUCCAAAUGGAAAUAUUUUUAAUAUAGGCCAUAUAUUAGUUAAGGGAAGUCUACCAAUUGUGUGACAUAAGUAAAUGUGUUUAGGUAUGUCAACAAUCAAAAUGUCAUUAGCGUUUUUACUAAUGGACCCAAGGGACCGGUUGAUGUGUGAUAAUUUUAUUAUCCAAUUCUUGUUACUUUGGAUUAAAAAAAAUCUGAUAGUACAAAUCCUUUUUCAAUGGUACAGGUUUAAUUUCUAAGAUAAUUUUUAAAUUUCCUGGUUUCAUUCAACUAUGAAGAAGUAAAAUGUGUUGGCCACAAGGUUGGGAUUUAUUGUGAUAGUUUGUUUUGCAGCCUCAUAAGAAUGUUUGAUAUUUUGAUGUUGAUCCCAGUCCACAAUGUAGUUGUCUAAACAUUAGGAUUUAAGGCUAAGUUUUGAAAGGAAAAGAAAAACAAACAUUCCAAAGAGAACAUGACAUUACCAAAUGGAAGAUAUCUAGUCUCUAAAUCUUUUACUAUACAAAUCCCUACUACUAAUGUCAUCAUUACUAUAUAGUUAUCAUAACCUUUAUCUUAAUUUUUCAGGUCAUGUUCUUUUGGGUAGCUCUAAAGUAAAAUUAAAUCCUAAGACAUAUAUCAGGAAAUACUUCAUGGUUGAUGAAAUAGAUUGUUGGGUUAAUUAAAAUAUUUCCCUUUAUGAAAGUUUGAAAAGUCAUUUGAAUCUGAAGCAAUUAUACUUCCAAUAUCAAUUGUGAUGUGACAAUUUUUUAAUGUUUAAAGAUACAGCACUUUUUGAUUAGCCAAUACUAGGCUUUUUUUACAUUUAAUAUGAAAAUAAUUUAUUGUUAGACAGAUGACAUGCUAAUAUAAUAGAUAAUGUGCUUUCUUCACAAAUCAUAACUUUUCAAUAGCUGUGUCCUGCUGAUCUAUGACUUUUUAAAUUAUCCACAAUACAGUGAUGUAUUUAAUGAUGGGACCUGGGGCUGUGUCCCACUUCUCCAAUCCUUCUGAGCUGGAUGAGUGGAGCCUGUCAUGUAAUCUCUCUUAUUAAAUCUCUUCCAACUAUUUUGCAAUUAAUAAAAAUGGAAACAAACAAAAAAAGUAAACAAGUGUUCAGAAACCAACAGUAAGUGCCAUAAUUGUAUUUUCAUAAAGCCAUGAUUCUGGCUAUAAUUUUUUUCAAACUAAUCAGUUGUAUUUUCUAAUGAGACCAGAAAUCUAGAAAAUCCAGUUGCUUCAUUUCUAUCACUAUGUACUAUGAUAGAUUUGAUUGAUUCAAUUUGAAAUUAGGGCUAGAAGUAUUAAAUUGAUUUCUUUCCCUGAAAAGAUAUACUGUUUAUUUUUAAUUUGGGUUCCGUUUUGACAUUUUCAAAUCACUUGUAACAUUCACUCAACGAAUAGACCCAGGGAACAGUUGAUGUGUGAUCCUUUAUUACCCAAUUCACAUUAAGUGAUUUUAUUUUUCAAAUAUUAAGAACUUAACUAGAACAUAGGCCCUUCAAAAAUUUGUGCUAUGUACGACAUGCUUGAGUUAUUUUUACUAUGGCAGUAAUUCUGCUAAAGGGAACAAUGGGGUCUUGAAGCUGGGAGAAAGUCAUCAAUUCCAAAAUUAACAUUUCUAUCCUGAAGAAGUAACAUUAUGAUAAAAGAGAUCUUCAUAUGUCUUUUGAUUGAUAUAUUGUAUCCUUUGCCAAGACAGCUAUUACAUUUUUAGAUUUUGCUGUGAAUACCCAAACAAUUUCUCUGAUCUAUACUUAACAUUUAAGCAUAAGUUUUCAGGCUAGAGUAUGAAUCCUUUUAAAUAUUUUUAAAACUCCAGAGCCUGUGUCAAAAAAGACCUCCACACUUGAAAAGCACUUUUUUUCCCCCUCAGAUUUAAAGAUAUCUUCUCUUGAUAUCCAAUAACUCACUAAACAUGUCCCCAAUUAUAAAGUGAAAGAGCCAAGAGAAUGACUCUUUUUCCCAAAAUGUGCCUUUUAAGUAGCCAUUGGAUGUGAAACAUUUCCACAUCUCUAGUUUUAAAGGAAGUACAUAGUCAGAUAUUCUAGCUCGAGUUUGCCAAGUCCUAAAUGGCUUACCCUCACUAGACAGAGCCAUGAAAUUAUUUUAAUUAAGAAUAUCAUCUGGGCACUAUGAUUUCACUGUUUUCCUUAUUCAAGGUUGGACAAAAAGGACGAUCUUUAUCUCUACCUAGCAUCUGCCAUCUAUUUAAUGUAGCAUUAUUCCAUGCUUCCAGGUCAUAAAACUCCCAACUGAACAACAUGCAGUAUGGCAACCGACUGCUCACCCACACUAUAGAAGACAGUCCAACCUGGACUGAUCUGCAUGCUAUAAUAUGAAUCCAAGCUGCACUGGGCCUAAAUAAUUGCAUUUAGGUUGGAUCAUAUCCUUGUUCAAACUCAGGAAACAGGUUCUACCAACUACUAGUUACCUGGGCUAAUAGAACAUAUACUACCAGAGUUAGGCCUAAAGCAAUGUGGCCUUAAAAGUUGAAAAUAAAAAGCCAAGAGUAGUUUCUUUUAAUAAUCUAUCCUAUCACUGGAGAAGAUUUAAGAAUUUGGCAGAAGGGCAUGGUGACAAGUUAAACAGCAGCAGUUUAUAGCAGCAACUGCUUGAUUGCUGCUAAGGGACAAAAAACAUGAGGAGAUCUGCUCCCUCCUGCAGUUGACCUCAUUGCAAGACCCAGCCCUGGGCACAUGCCUGGAGGCUGCGCCAGGCUUGUCCAAGCUUCACGCAGCUGUGGAGUUUGGAAAACUCUUGCUGGAUUAGUCCCAGAAUGUCAACCUCAUUUUCAAUUUACUAGCUCUCAUUGCUUUAUGUCAUGCUGACCUUAUUGUUAAACACAGGUUUGUUUGCUUUCUUACCACUCAGAGAGAAAAGAGGAGAGCAUUAUUUUUAAGGUGGCUGAAAGCUUUAACUGACAAAGCAUCUUAGGAAAAAUGUGAAUUAGGCAACUAGGAAAGCAUCCUACACCUAUUACUCUAGAGAAAAUUUACAGCUUUCUAAAGAAAAUACAUGCUGUACUACAGUGAUAUCAGCUCAUGAUCUAUAUUUAGACAGAUAUAAGUAACAUAUUUAAAUAACAUUGUAGAUAGUUUUCAGAACCUACACUAUUGCUUAUUUUUAUUAUCUUUUAAAAUUGCUCUUAAUGUAUCAACUCCAAAUGUAUCCAACUUACCAAACCUAAAUUAUUCUAAGUGAAACUCACGUAAAUAAUUUCUUCUUGUCAAUUAUAGUUAAAGUUUAACAUUUCCUUGUCUAUGAUAUUUACUUACCUCUGAGUUUUUAUUAGGAAUCAAUUUUAAACAGCAGUGGCAUUAAGCUAUUUGCCAUUAAAGAUAACUUCUGUUACCCUCCUCCCCCCAGAAAAGCUUAUAUUUAAGAUAUCUGUCUACCAAACUGCAUUCUUAUUAAGAUAUGUUGUUCUUUUCCUUGAUGUUUUAGAAUUCAAAGGCAAUUAAAGCUAUUAAGCAGGGCAACAUUCAUGUCCACACUAAGUUUGUAUGGAGCCUUCACUUGGUAGGCACAAAAUUUUAUUUUUUAAUAAUAGGAAAUCAAUCAAUGGGACUUCUGUUAUAACUUUCCUAAAUGAGGUUCUUAACCAGAGCUCUGAAAUCACAAUAUAUUAUGUAAUAGUUUUCUUCUUCUAAGGGCUUUAAAAUUUGUAAGAAAGACCAAAAAGAUUUUUGAAGAAUUAAUACAACCCUACCAUGUUCUUGUUAAAGCAAAGAUACACUCUGCUUAUUUUCCAUUGGGUAAAAAUACUAUGCAGAAAAUAGUUUAAAUGGUAAGUUCAGUGUUGGAUAUGAACAGGAGUGAAAAGAGAUUUUCACAUGGCAGCCUUAAGAAUUCAUCUCUUUGACCAAUAAAGUAUCUCCUUUUAACUUUAGUAUUAUGUGUAUAUGUUAGUUUUCCUGAGAUAUGUACAUUCACAAGAAAAAAUCAGAGCAAAAGGGUUUUAUAUGAAAAAAUACUUUUAAAAUGAAAGACAACUUUUUUGACAUUUAGAAAAAAAUAUUAAAUUUCUCUAUAUUUUAGAAUGAGCAGAUAUACUUUAAUGUUAAAUGGAGAGCUCUUGUAAAUAGUAACAAAUAUUUUCCUUGAUUAUUAAAAGCAACAGUCAUUAUAGGAUACAAAACCUGAAAGAUUAUUUGCUACGCUAAUGACAUGCUAGUUACUAGAAAAUUUAUGACUUAGAGCCCAAACAUAAAAAGUAAAUAUGCUCAGAGCUUUGCUUUCUUUUUAAAAAGAAAGUUCUUCAUUUUAUAGUUUGAGGCUAACUGGUUUAGAAAAAUCUACUACUAAUCUAUGACCUCUGUUUAGCUGUCAACUGACUGUUUUAAGAUUUUAAUACUUCCACUUUAAAAAGAAAGAAAAAGGAAAGAUCAGUACCAAAUUGUCCCUUCCAACUUUGAAAGUAGAAUCAAAAUACCACUUUUAGCUCUGAAACCAUAAACUUCCUCAAUAGUUAACAUCAACAUAUCAUAGUCAUCUCUUAGUUAAGAUAUCUCAUCUCUAUGUUAAGAUAAGAAAAAUGUGUCAUAAAACAUCAAAACAAAAUAAUGUGUCCUUUUGUUUGUUUUUGGUACAAUUGAAAAGUAUUACUUUAGGUAUCAUUUUAUUCUUUAGCAACUAACUACAAAGCAUUUACUGUGUUGUGUUCCAGUCAUUCUGCCAGUUUGUAGAGAUCACUGUCUAACAUCCUAGAGUUGUCUCUUCUCUGAGCUUGCAGUUGGAUGGCAAAUAGAGACGGGAAAAUGGUCACCAUGUUGUACUGUGAGUGCUAUGAUGGAGGAGGUACAGGGAGCUAACUAUUGGGGCACCUGAGAGAAGCACCAAGCUUCAAUUUAAGAGUGGGCAAGGUCAUCCUGAAGAAAGUCAGUUCCAAGAUCUAAAAGUGGUUGAUUGUGUCGGGUCAGCAGAUGUCUGAGGCAGGAAGAGAAGAGUGUUCCAAAGAAGUUAACAACAUAGCAAAAAUAAGAGAUGAAGCCAUGUGCACAAGGUGGUGAGAGAGAGUGGGACAGGAUAAUGAUGAGUGAGGACAAAUCAAGAUCUAGGUCAUCAGUAUCCUUUCCCAGCCUUUCAGGAAGGAGUGUAGGUUUGAUUCUCUUGUAAGCAAGAAUGCAGCAUAAUUUAUAUAAAUAUGUUAGAAAAUUCCCUCCCACUUUCAUAUGGAGAGUUGAACUGGAGAUAGCUAAUUUGGGAAGCAAGAAGAACUUUUUGAGAAAGUUGUACUAUAUUAGUGAAAAUGAUAGUCAUAAACAUGAAGAACUAAAGGUGACCAUGACCUCCUCUCUAAUAUCCAGACAGGUUUUUAUCAGACAUAAUUUUGAAGUUUUGACUGAAUGAUGAAAGUAGAUGAAGUACACAAAAUAAAUUGCACAAAACAAGGCCAGCUCUAUAACCAUUCAGUUUGUGUUGAAAUUACAAAUUUUUCAUCAAGAAAGAAAACAAAAACUAAGAAACAAGUUUUACCAAGUAGGAAAUCCUAUCUAACAGUAUCUAGUCCUCCACCAAUAUCCCACAUUUGCAUGUUCUUCCAACCUCAAAAUCCAGACCUGUGCACAAGAUUCAGUCCCAGAAUGUGUGGAUUUGACCUGCUUAUCCUGUUUUUUCCUUCUUCAGAACCAGAAUAGCCUCUCAUUUCCUCUUUCUGUCAGUUUGAGGCUUCUUUCUAUGUCCUAGACUGAGUUCUUGUCAUGUAUUCUUAAUCAUUCCAUCUGAUUAAUUAAGAUAUAGACUCUCUUGAGGAGACCUUGGAAAUUUAGAACAGCAUUUUUCUCUUAGAAAGCAUCAAUCUUCAGACUUGCCUUGCACUAGUUCUCACUAAUUGCAGAGUCAGGGGCUGAACGUUGACCAUAAGCAUUUCUACUAUAAUAAUCCUAGUUCUCCUCAGAGUAACAUGCCUUCCUCCAAAUGAUCUGGAGAAGAAAAACACAAAGAUUACUGUAUUUCAAGAAGCAUAUACUUUAAAAGUACCCUGGAAAUUUAUAUGAAGUUUUCUGUCAAGAGGGAGAAAUCUAUCUCUCCAUCUGCCUAGGCCUAACGGUCUUCCUGCACUGGCUGGUACAGAUGAAAACCAUAAAAAGUGGAUGAUUAUAGAAUCCUAGUGCUAACGUCACAUAAGAAAUGUGAGGCUUUUUUGUGGCUAUAAAGACUGCAACUUCUUAGAGAAGUCUAGGUUCUGCAUGGUGCCACAUAAUUUCUUUUCAAAAUAGUGUCUUAUACUCCCCUUACAAUAAUUUGACUGGUUUGAACACAGAUUACUCAUGUUUUAUACUGAAGUUGAUGCAAUAUUCAAAGCUAUCCACUCCUGCAUGUUAGUUGGCAAGAGGCACAGGGAAUAAUUUUUUUCUCAUGACCCAUGCCCUCUUGGUUCUUUCUGCUACUACUCUGUUUUGAGUAAAUAAUGUCACUAAGUAUAUUCACUACUCUUUAAAAGAUUAUUUAGCCCUCAUGUAAUUCUUGAAUCUAAUUGAAUCUAAUUCAACACUCUGAACUCCUCAUUUAUGGGUGUGAUAUAAAAUAUUUCAAAGUAUGUUAUUUUGCUAAUAAGAUGAAAUGCUCCUCCCAAUCUAUACCCCCCCCCCCAGCUUGACACUGGCCCCUGGAAAGGACUAAGUGAAAAGUGCAAAGCUGUAAAAAUUAAAAAUUAGUUGCUAGUGGGUACCUAAGAACAUCAUCAUAUACUUAUUUUCCAUUUAAUGUUAAAAAUUCCAUCUUGGCAGAGAUUGUGGCUAAAUGGUAGAGCACUCGCCUAGCACAGGCGAGGCCCUGGGUUCGAUCCCCAGCACCACAUAAAAAUAAAAAAAAUAAAAAUAUUGUGUUCAACUACAACUAAAAAAUAAAUAUUAAAAAAAAUUUCAGGCUGGGGAUGUGGCUCAAGCGGUAGCACGCUCGCCUGGCAUGUGCAGGGCGCUGGGUUCGAUCAUUAACACCACAUAAAAAUAAAAUAAAGAUAUUAAAAAAAAUUCCAUCUCUGUAAACCAAAGGUGUAUUUCAAAGGAAAUAUUUUGUGAUUCACACACAAAACUGAGUAAGUCUGCUCAGUUUGACAGGAAUCUUACAUUAAAUUAGCUAAGGGUUUGAAAUGAAUCAUGUUCAAAUAAUAUGUUUCUCAAAAAAUGUUGGGAAUUUAGCUAAAUAAUCCUUAUACUAUGUGAUAGUAAAGAAUAAACUAAUUUCCAUCUCUAUUUUUAUUAAUGAAUUAGACACCCCAAACUUCAUUAAAAUCACAUACAAGAUGCAUGCAAAUCUUUAGUACCUUAUUCUUAAGGCUUACUUUAAAGUUUUAAUCAGCAUUUCAGUUUGUACAAUACUGUAUGUGACGUAAAGUGGGAUGUUAUCAGGGAUGGUUUGGCAGUAUAUACCCUUAACUACGUAUGCAUUUUAAUGAAGCAAGGAGUAAUCCUGUCACUGAAAUUGGAACCAACUAAUUAUUUAAUCAUAAAGACAAAAUGCAGUCAAUUCCUAUCUAGCAAGAUGUAGUGAUGCACUGUUUUGGUUACUCACAUUGAAAAGUUUGAUCUCUAUUCUAUAAAUAUUAAUUUUCAUAUGAAAUUUGGUGCACUUAUCAUUAAAGAAAAAAGAGAAUAUAAUCUAUUUGUUAAUAACAAACUAUUUCAGACUUAUUGUGAACUGGUUUCAUAGUAGGAAUAUAAUUUACUAUUAUACUGGGAAUAUACAAAUACAUUUCUUUAGUAAAUAAGUACCUUCUUUGGAGAAACAAAAGGUAAAAGAAUAGAAGAGAUUUCUUGUUCUGUACCAGUUGCUAAGAUGCCAGAUAUUGCUAAUUGUUUGAAAUGUAAACAUUCUUGUUUCUUAACCAACUAGAUCUGGAAUAGCUGGAAGAAAGAAGAAAGUUUUAUUGAAUCAUUUGGCCAUGAAAAUGUUUCUACAUCAGAGAAAGUUUAUUUCAUUUAUUCCUGGUUUUACUGUGUUUGACAUUUUUAAAAUAAACAUGCCCCAUAUUCUGAUUUACAAAUUUAAAUAAUGUUCAGACACUUCACAUCUACCCAUAAAACAUUAUGCUAUGCUUUUUGUAAAUACCUGACUUUAAUCAUUGAUGGAGUCUAAUUUACGGUUAACUAAUGAAUAAAGAGAAAAUGUGGUAUCUAUGAAUAUAAAUGCACAUGAGACUAUUCCUUGGUGAUACUGUAUGCCACUAUAUGGUGGCACUAUACCAUCCUAGAAUCUAGAUCUCUUUACACUAUUAAUGUACACAUAUCCAAACUCUAAAUAUCUAUGUUUAAACCAAUAUUCAAUUUAAAUGGUAAUAUAUUAUAUUUACCUGAUCAGGACAAAUUCAUGUUUGUCCUCAUCUUCAUUGAGGACAAAUUCAUCUUAUAAGUGAUUUAAACCAAGCAAACAGAAUAACUUUAUAAAAUGCAGAGAUCUGUGACCAAUUGUUUAUGAACAGUUUGGAAUUCACAAUGGUUAAACAACUUAAGCACUAUACGAAAAAGCAAACUAUUUUUAUGCCUACAUUAUAUCAGUUUCUGUUAAUAUCCUGUGAUAUAAGACAAGCAGUAUAGCACAGCACUCAAGAGCAUUUGCUCUGUUGCCAGACUCAGUUUGAAUCCAGAAACUCUGUUUCCUUAUAGGUGGUCUUGCAACCUACUACAUCUCUCUACCUUAGUUUUUUUUCCCCUGUAAAAUGGAUAUUUUAAUAAUAGUAUCUCUACCAGAGGGUUGUUAUGAAGAUCAGAUUAGAACAAGAACUUAGAGCAGUAGUUGGCAUAAUAGCACUACUAUAUAGGUGUUUUGUCCAAUUCAAGUGGCUUUUUCUUUAACAGAUAAGUAAAUGUUUAAGGUUACAGAAGAUACUUAACCUUUGUCUUGCAUAAUUUAGGAAAAAUAAUUUUUAAUAUUUUAGAUUAUGAGAAAUUCAAUGGCAUCAAAAUUUACUUAUCAAAAUGAUUUUUUCAGCAAAGAUCAAGGUGGAUUAUUAUAAAUCGAAAAUAUCAGAUAUAAGUCAUAAAGCCAUCAAUUCAAAUAACCAUAUUUAAAAAACAUUCCUAGGUCUGAAACAGUUUCUACAUGAGGCAGGUUGUACAACCAAGUCUAUUUUAUUUUUAGAGAUCUAGUCCUUCCCCCACACCUCUUUUUUUUUUAAUAAAAAGAAGCAUGUAGGAAGAAAUAUUUUUCAAAUUUAUUAGGUAUACUUAAUAAAACAAUAAUAAAGAAUUCUAUUUGUAAAAUAGUUAAGAUUAAAUUAUAAAGUCAAAAUUUAUUUUGUUGUUACCAAAAGACUUCAAUAUAAUUUAUAUCGCAAAACUUAUUACAGGAACUAUAAAGUAAGUCUUUACUUUGAGAAAUACUGUUUUGUGUAGUUCUUGUUAUAAACAUUCUAGAAAUUAGAGAUAAUUCUAUUUUUCCAAAUAAAAUUUGAGUUAUAUAUGUGAAUGGAAUAUGUUUAAAGGAGAAUAAAAUACAAUCUAACAGUAACCAUUUUAACCACACUACAUCAUAAUGUGGGUACCACAUUUCUUGAUUUGACUAUUUUAUUUUCUCUUGGCUGAAAUUAUCUCAUUUAUUUGCAUUGACAUUUUCACAUUUGAUGGUCUGUUAAACCAGGCUUUAUCUUAUAAUUUUUUUUUUAUCUUAAAUGCCAUUUGCCAAGUGGAAGUCACACAUAGUUGGGCAAAAACUUUUACUGGUGCCCCUGAUAAGACCAAGAGACAUUACUAGCCUUUAAAGUAUUUUACAGUCAAUAAAAUACAGUAUGUAUACUUAUUUUGCUUUAGUUGAAUUUCAUUCCUUCUACUUCUUUUACCCAAUGUUAAUAUAAAUUCCUAUUUAUGAGACCAAUAAAUUUUGCUUGGCCAGUUUUCUAAGUUUUGGUGCAAGUGUUUGUUGUGUUGAUUUUAAGAAGUAAUUAUCAUUGACAAUUUUUAAAAAUAAAAGACAAUAAUAACCUGAUAGGAAAAGAAGUAUCAAAUGAAACCAAACUAUGCCUACUUGUAAAUCAACUAGCAGAGAGGCCUACAUACCAAUUUCAGACCCUCAUUAGCCACACCCAAAUAUUUAUUUGUAGUAAAACCAACUGCUGUAUUCCACCCAGACUUUUAAAAGACAUAUAUAUCACUACUCUGAAAUAUAAUGUAUUGUGAUGUUAGUAAUCUGUCUUAAAUUCUCAGUGUCUUAGAGCCUCAGUGUCUCCACCUAAAAAUAAAAAAUGAAAUUUCAACAAAGAGCUUUGCUUUUACAUGAAAUAGUGCCUAGAAAAUAACUUGGCAAAAUAGAAAACCCUAUACUAACAUGUUAUUUUUCUAGGUAAUUGGUAAACACAGCCAAAAAAAUUAAUAAUUACAAUAUAAUAUUCUACAACAUAGGUAGAUAGUGUUAAUAUACUAGUAAACCUUGACUCACCAAAUACAUGUUCUUGUUUUUGUGGUGCUGGGGAUUAAACCCAGAGCUUCACACAUGCCAAACAAGCACUCUCAGUGAGCUAUCCUCCCAGCCCUAUAGAAUUUUUAAUAACUAAAACAUACUAAGCUUACUGGCAUAGCUAACUAUUUUUUUAAAGCUAUAUUCAAAAAGCGUCCAAGGCUAAUCUGGCAAAGAAUCCAUGGCACAAGAGAAGGCAGUUUUGUGUGGAAUUCCAAGUCCUCCAGGGACCUUCAACCUGUCACUCUCCUGUGCAGUUUGAAAGGUAAUUGCAAUGUACAUCUGUGCUCUGCAACCUCUCUUCACUGCAAUAGGAGAUCAUUGAGGAGCUGCUCUUUGGAAAAUGUGAUAUUGUUUGGGAAAACUGGUUGUUUUCCCACUCUCAUGACAUUGUAUUUUCCAACUUCCUAAUAUAGAACUAUGUUCACAACUGUUAGAGGCCUUCAGGUUUUAGUAAAUUUUAUGAAAAGUAAAACAUUGUAUAUUUAAAGUUUAUGUGUAAUUACUCUCCUCUACUAGUAGGUCAGUUGAUAGAGUACUUUCUGGACAAUAAACAUGUAUUUGUAGCAAGGAAACUGGCCUAAGCAGAGUGACCUGGUGACAGGAAGGAAUUAGUGUUUGUUCUUAAGUUAUCUGAAUUGGCUACCUAAACUGGGCUGGAUUCAUUAGAUUCUUGCCUGAUAGUUUCUUUCACUUUUGCUGCAUAGCUACACAAUGCUAUGUUUCUUUCUAGAAUGAAGAAAACACUGAAUUUAUAUUCAGAGGCUCCUCACACUUAACAUCCCUUACAUAUUUUUUUUAAAGUGUGUACAUUGAAGUAAGUUACAUAUAUCAUGGGUAGCUAUUUCCUUAACAUGUUGUUAUUUCUAUUGAUCUAAGAUUUACUUUAAAAUUAUUCAGGGACAGUAAAUGUCUGUUCUUAACCCUGCAAAUGUACAUGUAAGCUUACGAACACAAGCAAUCCAGAGAAAAAUGUAGUCAAGGCUCUGUCACAAAAGAGAGUAGAAAUUACUGUGAAGUCUAAAACACAGGGGAGAGAGCUUAGAAGCUUGAAGGAAAACACUUGAGUUCUAAGCUAUGUGCUGACACUUGCUAUUGGGUUGGUGUGGGUUACUUUACUUCUUGGAAAAUAAUUUCUCUAUCUGAAAAAAGAGGACACGUGAUGUUAUGUAUACAUUAACACAUUCAAAACUUUUGCAAUUGUAGUACUAUUUCACUUAUUUUAAGCUCUAUGCCUUAUUCAUAUUCUUAUAUUGAAAUCUGGACAGUAAUGGUUCAAUAUAACUUGUAGUAGAUAUUGGUUUAAUUUUGUUGUAUAAGUUGUUAUUAGUUACAUUUGUUUAACUUCAUGCAAUUUGAACUGGAAUGUUUCCAUUUAGUUGUUAGAAAAAGGCAGAAACAUCUAAUUCCUUUCUAUUCCCUACAUAUCUAUCAGCAAUCUGAAGUAAUUUCAAAAAUUUCCUCAAAUAAUUUUAGCCUAGGCUUCUCCAUUCCAUUUCAAAGUUGGAUAGAAAUAGCACAUAACACUAACAUCUUAAAAUACUGACACUUUAAUUUGUGAGACUUCCAAAUCUAAUGCACUUUUUCCUAAGUUUUAAUUUUUUCAAUAUUUUUUCAGUAAAUUUGAAAUAUUUUUUAGAAAUAUUCCUUUUCAAUUUGCAGAAACAUUUUUUUGCCUUUCUUUCCAUUUCUUAUUUACUCAUUUCCAUUAAUAAAACCUUGGUUCUGAAAAAUGAAUCAUGCUUUCCAUUAUACUUUCUUAAAUUGAAUUUGAUAUUACAAUUCAAAAUGUUAAUUUGUACUUUAAUUAUUCCCAGCUGUAUUUUUUUAAAAAACAUCUUUUAACUGCUUAAAAUAAUAAGUAAAUAGCUUCACACUAUACUCCAGGGAUAAACUGUUCAAACAGAAAUAUGAAAAUUUUCAUUGAUUAAACCAAAAUCAAUUGUGAAAUAAUUUCAAAUGAAUGUUUUAACAAUGUGCAUGCUACAUGUAAAAAAGUUAUUUAAAAGAUCAUGUUCAACAUACACAUUUCAAUUUGAUAAGUUCCUCUGUAUUAAUUGGAAAGUCACUAUGUUUUAGUCUGAUCUUUGAACUAGUAUAUUUCUCUAUAUGGAAAUUUUGAAUGGCAUAAGAACAUGUACUGCCAGAGGACACAAAUUAAUCAUCUUGUAAUAAAUAUGGAUUUGUCAUUGAAAACAUUUCUGUUAAAAUGCAUCAUUAGUGGUACUUAUUCACUUAUGCAUAUAAAAUUCAUUGUUAUUUUAAUCACAUCCAAACAUCACAACCCAAUACCUAAACUGAAACUUCUUACCCAGAUCUGUAUUGCACUUGAAAUAUCUUACUGCUUAUAAAUAUUCUGUUCCUUUCUUUGUGUGGUGUUUGGUCUCUCAAUAUACUAUUUAAGCCAAUUUCAAAUAAAAGUAUAGUCAGAGUAUCAUUGGAUGUUAUUAUACAAAUCUCUAAGAAUCAUCGGGAUCAUGAACUUUUUGUUUUUAUUAGUGUAUAAUAAAAACAUUAGUUAUA